AUGCCGCCAUUCCCAGCCAAAUCACUCAAUGCUACCACGCCGACAUUUCUAAAUCAGAUCCGCAGACAUCCAUUCGUUUUAUUCGGAUUACCUUUUGUGGGAUUAAUAGUAGCUUCAUCUUUUGCUUUGAGCGAAUUCACUCAGACGAGAUAUGAUUAUCAACAAACUAGAGUGCAAAGUGUUGGUAUGGAAGAAGGGUUGGGGAUGAGAGAGGAUAGGAGAAAAGUAGAUCUGAAAGAGGAGUACUAUCGAUUGAACGCUCCAGAAUCUAAAUUAUCCUCUUUAUCGCAUCAACCAGAAGACUCAUCCUUGAAUGCAGACUUGACAAAUCCCACUUCAUCGUCCUCUUUGACGUCAACAUCAAACCCAACGAAACGUACUCGUAAAUCCAAAUUCAGUAUGACUCCUGUCCCAAGAGAUGAAUAUGAACCGGUACGUGUACCUCGUCCAGAAGGAGUUCCGGAGUGGGGAGCAGUAAAAGCUGGGGAAGAAGCUCCGUUAAAAGGUCAACGAAAGGAAGAUCGUUGGGUGUGA